UUGAAAAACUAUGUCAGAUGGCAGUAAACGUAAAAGGCGUUUACAUACGCAAUACUUAAUUCUGUGUAUAUCAUUAUGAAGUGCUGAUAGAAAGGAAAAGAGACAAAGUAGUUUAGUGACAGAUACGAAAGAGUGUUGUAUUUAGCGCUCUAAAAGGAAUAAGAAAGCAAUUGUUUUCACGAAAGGCACGUAGACUUUAACUGCAUAAAAAUGCCAGAUUUAUCUAGUAUAUCGCAUUUCCCAUUAAAGGUCAUAUUUGCAAUUCAUCUGGUUCUCGUAACAUGGGGUAUUCAAGGACAUUGGUGCCCAAGAUCUGCGAUGUUCUACAAUUUACUAUUUUUUAUCUGCCUACUGUGGGCUGUGCACAGCAUUGAAUCAGAUGAACCAUUACAAUUUGCUCUCUUCAUAAACGUAUUGUCAAUAUUUUUCGACAUAGUGACUUUAUCUGUUUACUUUCCAAUUGGUCUAGCAUAUGCGUCUGAGAAGUUUAGUGCAGCGUUUAUGAUAAUAAACCUGAUCGUGCGUGUUGUCACGAGUAUAUAUCUAUUGCGGAUAGGACAAGCAAGAGGUGGAAGUCUUGCUACAAUGUUUACAUCCUGUCCUCCCAUGGGUAUAGCUCGACAGGAUUACGAGGACAUAUCUCACUCGAUACCUCAAAAUUCUGAUUUCGUUGGAAUCUAGAUUAUUUUUAUGGUACAUAUUGUAAGAACUUAUAAUGUUCAAUCUUGGAUUUGUUUUUUGCAAGCGGAUCACUUAACAUAAGCUUAAACAAUAAUAUUAUGAAUCUCAUAUGAUAAUAUAUUUCCAUUACUUCUUCUAUCAAGGCGACAAACAAACGAAAAUGUAAUUAAAUAUUAUCAAAGAUACAUACCAGUGCGAACAUAAUCGAUCAGAUUUUAAAUGUAACUAUAGUGCCAAGUUACAUUUUAACAGAUUAUACUUUCGAUAAAAUAUUUUACCCUAUUUCUUAUAGAAUAUUAUUAUUUACGUCGAGCCGUUAAUAACAAUAAUUAAUACUGUUACAAAUGAUAUUGUUUCUUAUCAUUAUUAUUAAUUACGUACAUGCAUAUGGUCUAACACAAACAAGUAAUAUUUUUAAAAUCGCGUUAAAUGUUUCGAUUAAUUGUAUAUAAAAUACUUCGUAAUAUAACCAUGUAUUUUAAUUAAUUGUAUAUAUGAUAAAUUAUAUAUAUACAAACAGAUUUAAUAUAUUAUACUUGUAGAUCUAUUCUGUACGACUACUUUUAUCUGCAGAUUUGCAAAUAAAAUUCUUUAUAACAAUGUAA